AUGGCGCGGGGGUCCUGCCCGGGUCUCUCCGCCGUCCGAGCGGCUGCCCGACUCCGCCCCUCGGAGAAGGAGGAGGAGCCCGCGGCGCCCUCUCCUCGACUGCGCGUGCGCAGCCCCGGCUCUCCUCUCUUCCUCCCGCGCCGGCGCCGUCCUUCGCGAGGGCGCGAGGAGGUUAGUCCGCCCUGCGCCGCCGUAGCCUCGGCCCCGCCCGCCUUUGCCCUCGGAGCGUCUCGCCAGCGGAGCAGCAGCGGCGCGUGGCCGUCGGAGGAAGGAAGCCAGGAGGCCGGCCAGGAACAGAAGCCGCCGCAGAAGCCGCCGCCGCGCCGGCCGCCACCCCCGCCCGCCCUUCCUUCCCGCGCGUCGCCUCACGGCCGCCGCUUCUGUGUCCCCUCAGCCAUGUUGGCAGCCGCUCAGCUCCUCCUCAGCCGCCGCUGCGCCGCGCCCGUCCUCCGCGGCCUCGUCCCCCGCGCGGCCCCCGCAGGUGAGGCGCCCCUCCUCCCACGCUCCCGGCCGCGCCGGCGCCGCGGCGCUCGAGGCCUGGCCGUGUCCUUGCCGUGACCCCGCUCGCCCGCCCGCGGGGAGCCGAUGGGCCUCCUCAAGGCGCCGCCGCUCGCACUCGGCCCGGUUCUGGCGGGUCCCCUGCCGGCCGACCUCCCUCUCCCCCCGAGGGGCGCCCGCUGCGCGCGCUGCUCGGCCUCGUCGCGACCCUGCCGGGGGGGGGGGGAGGGAGCCGGGUGACCUUGGCGCGGGAAGCGGCGGCGACGAGGAAGGUCGCGGGCCCGCCUGCUCUUCCUCAGCCGCCCCCUUUCCUCGGCUCCUGAGCUCCCCUCGGUAGGAAGGUGAGGGAGGGGCCCGGGUUCAAAUCCCGCGCUCGGCCGUGGAUGAAGCUCUCUGGGCGUGACCUUGGGGGUCAGCCUAGCCUGCCUCGCAGGGUUGUCGGGAGGAAAGGUGUAAAUGCAACGAGGAAAUGAUUUUGAAGGAGGAAGGGGAUCAGAUACGGAAGAAGAUCUCAGGCGGGAUAAUGUGCUUUGGAGUAUUCCUAAGAAAAGAGAGUUUCCCCGUCUCUUCAAGAUGGGCAUGGCUGCUUUGUGCUCCCUUUGGUUCUGAUCUGCAGGGCAUUCACUCAGUUUCUGCUCUUCCUGGUUUCACUUUUUGCUUGUGGCUCUGCUUCCAUUUCAUGGAAUAGGUUUCUUCUCUUAAGGACCAACUCACUUCUAGGUGCACAUCCUCUAAGGCUCCCCUCCUACCUGAAAAUGGGCUCAUAUGCUGAUAUGUUAACUGUCAGUCCAGGCUUGAAAACAGUUGCAGUCAGAGCCGUACAUGUUCUUAGCUUGUCCAAAGAAAUGAACAGUUUACUGGGUGACCUUGAGCCCACCAAUCUCUCCCCAGCUUUCCUGCCUCACAGGUUCACUGUGAGGAUGUGAAGGAGUGGAUCAUGGGUAGGCAAACUAAGGCCCGGGGGCUGAAUCCGUCCCAACUGCUUUCUAAAUCCGGCCUGCGUACGGUCCGGGAAUCAGUGUGUUUUUACAUGAGUAGAAUGUGUCCUUUUAUUAAAAAUGCAUCUCUGGGUUAAUUGUGGGGCAUAGGAAUUCGUUCAUUUUCCAUCCCCCAAAAUAUAGUCCGGCCCCCCACAAGGUCUGAGGGACAGUGGACCGGCCCCCUGCUGAAAAAGUUUUCUGACCCUUGGAGUAGAUGAUCCUGUUUGAAUGCUACCCUGAGUUCCUUGAAGGAAGGGUAGGGGGAGCUAUGUGAUAACCUGUCUGUAUCCCAUUCCCAUUUAAGAAGGGCAGUUAGGGCCAUGAUCUGCUUAAGGGUGCUUCCAGACAGUAUUUUGAAGGAGGGAUUCAGGCACAUACUGGAACUUUAGGUUAGCACAAUUAAAGUGGAGUUAUUGCCCUGAUGCAACAAAUCCAUGUUAAAAAGAAGGGUGGGGUUUUUUUUUUGCAGUUUGGAAUGUGACAGGGCAAUGCAUUGAAAACAGUGGGAUGAAUGGGAAGGCGUAUGAACACAGCGCAAGCAUAUCAGGAUGAAUAUUUAUUGUUGUAUAUCAACCCCAGAAACAAGUCAGAAUGACUGCUCAGUAUAGACUGACAUAGGCUAAUCACUGAAUAAUCUGUGUGCAAGCCAAUCAAGAUGGGUAUUUAGUAAGUGGGUCAAAUAGACGAGCCCUAAGAUAGGGACAUCUGGAAAAAAUACUCUGCCUUAUGAACUCACUUAUGCAUGGCUUUGUUGACUUGUUCCAAACCAGGAUCUUUUCAAGUCAGUGUGGUCCCAAUUUACAUGUGAGUUGGCUCUAUACAAUAGCUUGAUUGUGAAAGUAGUAUCAAAAUUAAUUCCCAGCAGGGAAAUUGGCUCAAUAAAACUUCACUGACAUUGAGGCAGUGCAUUGGAGAACAGUGUUGAUGCAGUCGUCAAAUUGGUGUCUAUUCUAGGUGAAGGCUCCUAGAUACUUAACAAGUGUUGUACGGCCUUUGUGUCUUGUACUUAUCCCCCAAGAUGGCAGGUGAAGGUACUGGAAACUAAGAAUACCAUUGAUGCUAAAGACUCCAGCAAAUUUUGCAUUCAUUUAACAGAUACGAUUUACCACAAAAUCUGAGGACGUUGAAAUACUGACGGUACUGAAAAUUGUCUUUGACCACCAACAUUGCAACAAAGCAUGUUUUACUUUAGAGCAGCUGUUCUGAGAUGGAGGCUUAUUAACUGAAGAAUAGAAAAAUCAAGAGUGAAAUGGAUAAUUUUCAGCUGAAAUGCCAGCAUCUCAUUUCUUUGGGUAGUUUUAACACCUGGCAUUUUAAAAUUCCAAGCCUGUCUAGUUUCUUCUGUGGAUUGUGCAACAGCAAGACAAUGUCCACAAUGAAAGCAGUUUUUUCCCCUCUUGUUUGAGUUCAUUGUACUGCUGAAUUGGACUAAACGAAGUGAAUUUUUGAAUUAAAUAUUAUUUAUGCAGCAGCUUAAACCUAGGUUAUGGUCGCCACAACACAAUGUCUAUUUGCCGGGGGGGGGGGAGGAGGUUGGACUAGAUAACUCUCUGGGUCCCUUCCAAUACUAUUCUAAUAUUCUAUUAUUGUAACUACAUUGCUUUACUUGCUCUUACAACAGUGCACUUGUCCCAGUAUGCAAGAAGGAGAAACAUAUGCUAUGGAAAUGGUUUUGACUAUGGACUAAGGGAGAGGUUUUUAGACUGUGGUUGCCAACAAGGUGCCCAGAUAUCUCCGCAUAGUCGCAAUUCGACCCACGCCAGUAGCAAAAUGCCGCUGGCUAAUUUCUAACACUGACAGUGAUCCUGCAGGAUGUGUUAAGUAGAAUAUGAACUGCUACUCUGGUGGCAGACUUUAGAACCCUUAGAUUAUAUCUGCUUCAAAUCUUUGCCAGAGAUAAUUGAACUUUGGAGCUUGCUGCCUCCAGGUACUUAUAUGACACACACACAUACACACACACACACACACUCCUGAUAAAGUGACUCUAGACAUGUCUAUUUUUUCAGGCCUGUUCUAUUUAAGUGAGCUUUUAAUCUUCUCCAUUAUCUUCCCUUUCUCUUGUGUGUCUGGUUUUUCCCCAGGUUGUAAACUUGAAGGCAAGGUUUUGUUCUUAGUUCUGUAUACUGUACAGUUCAGAACACUGACUUAUUUUAGAUAGUAUUGAAGUGUGAUUUUAAUUAUUAUCACUAUUAUUAACUAUCCUUCUGGCAUACAUUCUUAAGCAUUCAGGGACUUCGUGUUUUCCCCUGAAAGCACCAGACUAGCUAUCUCAACUAUGUAAAUAAGCCCAAAGGUGACUUGCUAGCAAAAAAAAUAAUAAUCUAAAGCUGGGAGGGAUACCUGUAAUGUGUGCAUUAAAAAGUUAUGAUAAUUUACAAAAUAGCCAUUGGAUUGCUGGAAAGCUUAUUCUGAUGGGAUGGUAAUUAGAUUUUUUUUAGGUGACUUAGCUUGCCAUGAAUGCUGAAGAUAUGUUGCUCCAGCAAUGCAAAUCAAUACUCUGCUGUAGUUUUUCUACCCUUUGCCUGCUGCCUCCUGCCCCACUCUCUCUCUUCUGGCAGGAAAUGGGAAAAUUCAUACAGCAACCCUUGUGCACAGCUGGGUGAACCUUUUAAAGUGGUGUAGUUUAGGGCUGUUUCAGUGCAUGUUUCUCUUUACUGGGGAGGGAGGGGUGAUGGCAUAGUUCUUCAGUAGAAACUCUGGCAGCUACAGUCUGGAAGUGAUGUGGGGAUGGUUGCUGCUGACCAAAGCAGAGAGCUGCAUUCCUGGGAUUUCACGUGUACACUGACUUCCUAUGCGUACCUGCUGUAUUGCAGCUUUACCUUGAGCUCUUUAAUAUCUUCCUCUCCUUCCCACUUCCUUUUUUUGUCACAGCUGUAUUGCCUGUGCGCUGCUAUUCUCAUGGGUCACAUGAGUCAGAUGAAGAGUUUGAUGCUCGCUGGGUGACGUACUUUAAUAAACCGGAUAUCGAUGCCUGGGAGCUAAGGAAAGGUAAGGCUGAGGGAGAGUAGUAUUGAAGAGCUUGAGAAACCCUCCUUUGCUGUGUGCUGCUGCGGCUGCAGCUGAAUGGAGGCAUUUCUGCAAGCUGGUUGUGGCAGCUUGCAUGGAGCAGUCAUUCCAUUUUUCUUCAGUCCCUGCCCAACAUUCCACCAGCCUUAAUGGAACUGUUCCAGAGCAUAGAAUUGUAGAGUUGGAAGAGACCCUGAGGGUCAUCUAGUCCAACCCUCUGCAGUGCAGGGAUCUCAGCUAAAACACCGUGACAGAUGGCCACCCAACCUCUGCUUUUAAGAUUGUACCUCUGGUAUUUUAAUAGCUGUAUGAGUAGUAAAAAAUGGUCAUUUAUCAUAACUUGCUAAAAUCGAAACGGAUUCAAUGUUUCUGUCAGUCCCUUGAUGUUUCAGCCAUGCCUCACCUUUUUCAAGGCAUAUCUUUUGUUAGGGAAAGAGAGAUAAGACUGACUUCGGCUGUACAUAAGAGGACAAUGAUAUUAGGGCUCUGAACGAGCACUAAACUGAUGAAAUCCCUUUCACUGUUGAAUGCCUUGCAAUAUUCUAUUUAAGGUAAGAGGAAGUGUACAGUUUUUAUUGUGCUGAUGGUUGUCAAGACAAAAUGGCACUUUUUAUUGGGUGACUCUUCUUUGUUACAGAGGCUGAACAGCAAUUAAUAGUUUAAUAAAGUAACCUUUUAGAAAACUCCCCAAAGUAUGUGAGUUCUUAAAUAAGCAGGGAGCAUAAAAGUCACAAACAUUCAGAAUCUUAAAGUUGUGUUUAACUUUUCAAGUUUAAAGUCCACAAUAAAUGGAGCUUUGCUGUGGAAAUUGGGAUCUGUUGUUGGAUGCAAAAAAAUAGAAUUGAAGUUUUGGCACUGAAAUGGCAAAUUACAGAUUUGAUCUCAGAUUUUGUAUGUGGAAUGUAAGCAACGUUUCAUGUUAGCGCUACAAAUUUUGUGUACUGUGGCAAUAUCAAAUAUCAGAAGUCACUUGCAGGAAAUUUGAUAUUAAUAAUAUGUUUUGGCAUAUUUAGAUAUAAUCAGAACUGUUAGGAAGAGAAAUGGCGCCUGUGUGACACUCCUGAACUUGUAAGAACAACAGAAUAUUCUCAUUCUUGUUCAUUCCCACAGGCAUGAACACACUGGUUGGUUAUGACCUGGUUCCAGAACCAAAAAUCAUUGAUGCUGCUUUGAGGGCAUGCCGACGACUAAAUGACUUUGCUAGCGCAGUCCGUAUCUUAGAAGUUGUAAAGGUCAGUGAAAGACACUUGAGUAUGAGCAGACAACACCCUGCUUCUCCAUUUGCCUCUGUGUUUAUAGUGUGUAUAUUGUGGAGUUCCGGCUUGCUGAUGAUCCAUAAAGAGCCUUUGCACCCUGUGUAGAGAUUUGUUUGACUAGCCUUGAGAGCCUAACAAAUCUUUCUAGCCAGCAUUGUCUACUUUAAUGGUCAUUGGCUCUCCACAGCCUGUGACAUAGGUCCUUCUAACCCUGUUAACCUUGAUCUUUUUGACAGGAUAUGUGCAGCUGAGAGUGGAACUUUCUGUACAAAAUACAUGUGCCCCUGCCCUGCUUUUGCCCAUUUCCCCACAAAAGUUUACCAGGCUACUUAUAAUGGAAGCCUAUGCAUGUAAACUCAAAAGAAAGCUCCACUGUGUUCAGUGGGAUUUGCUUUCAGGAGAGUAUAGAUUUGUAGCCUCAUAUAGCGUCUAAAUCACAGAGCCAAUCAGGGCUUGCCAAUCAGAAGGUCGGUGGUUUGAAUCCCCCACAACUGGGUGAGCUCCCGUUGCUCAGUCCCUGCUCCUGUCAACCUAGCAGUUCAAAAGCACGUCAAAUUGCAAGUAGAUAAAUAGGUACUGCUCCGGCGGGAAGGUAAACUGCGUUUCCGUGCGCUGCUCUGGUUUCACCGGAAGCAGCUUAGUCAUGCUGGGCACAUGACCCGGAAGCUGUCUGCGGACAAACGCCAGCUCCCUCGCUCGGCCAGUAAAGCGAGAUGAGCGCUGCAACCCGAGUUGUUGGCGAAUGUCCUUAACAGUCAGGGGUCCCUUUACUUUUACCUUAUAGCCACUUUCACCUCUAAAAGCUGGAUUUUGAAGCAUUAAAUUGUUCCUUAACUCUUGAUGAAAUGCUUUUCUCUUGUGUGUAUUUUUUUUUAUUAAAAAAACCAACCUUAAGACUAUUGAAGAAGUAACCCUAUUGACCUUGGAUAUGAAUCUGUCUUGGUUUUGUUAAGUUUAAAUUCAUUUUGUGUUCUUUCAAUUAGGACAAAGCAGGGCCUCACAAGGAAAUAUACCCAUAUGUAAUCCAGGAACUUAGACCAACGUUGAAUGAGUUGGGAAUCUCAACUCCAGAGGAACUUGGCCUGGACAAAGUGUAAACAUUAUUGGUAAGAGAACAAAUCUUCAGUCCUUUGCGGAAACAGCUUUUUAAUCAUCCAUCUUCUUUACCAGGCUCCUGGACAGUUGCUUGAGGGUUCCCAGGAGAUCUCAUGGGGCCAUCUGAGAUCUUGCAAGCUCUCAAGAGGUGGGAGCAGUUCCAGGGGUUGUUCUGACUUUGUGUGAUUUUGCUUUUAUGCGCAACCCCCGGGAACAACCCUUGUGCAAGUUGCAAUUGCCCUGCACGCCAGAUAGAGUUUGAGCUAUCUUGAGUAGAACACCAAGGCUUUGUUUUCUAGGUUUGCCUGAGGAAAGGCAGAAAAAAGACUUGCAAAUUCUCUGCAUUCACCUAGCCCCACCCCCUUUUCUGGUGGGCCAUUCUUGAUAUACUUGAAAUGUAGUUCUUAUACUUAAGUGAUUAAAAAAGACUGGAGAAAAGUACAGUGAACACUUCUCAUUCAUCAGUGUCAGGCUCCUUAUUUCUGAAUCUGACUCAAAUACAGCCAUAUAAUAUUGGUGCUUGCUUAGUUGUCUGCAUCAAAUAACUUCACUCCUGGCAACCAGGAGUGUUUCUCCUGCUGUCAUAUGUGCUGAACUUACAGUGGGGGUCAAGCACUCAGCCUAAGCUUAGCAACUGCUGUUCUGUUAAUGGAGCAACAUUGGAGACUAUGCAAACACGUCACCCUUAAAUAGGACAGUGCUAUGGAAGUUGGAUGUUUAGUGGCAAUACAUGCAAUGCUCUGCUAGCUUUAAGCUGUCACUUACUUAAUGUACAGAAAAAAGCAGCAGAGCCCCUGCUAGGUGUAGUGGCACCAGGGAGGAGAAAAUAAACAGCAUUUAAUAGCAAGCCUGCACAAACCUGAAUUGACUUUAGGAAUAAAAUGCGUUCUCAUAAGUAUUCAUCUGGGGCAAGUGGCCUUUGCAGGGAGAAAGGCUUUUUUUCCAGUGAGAAGAAUCUGAGCUGUUACUCUAACGUUGCAUUGGUUACAGUGAAUUGGGGUCCUCAUUUGCGGCCACAUAACCACAAUCUACUGCUUGGGCACCAUAUGCUUUGUGUUCUGUGUAAACACUAGAACCCUACAGACUUUGAAUGAAGAGCUGCAACUCUGUAUGCAGUUAGAAAUGUUUUACUGGUUCCCAUGCUUCCCUGCCCAAGCAACAGAAGGUGGCCUUCAGUCAAUCAAUGACAUAGGGCAGGAAGCACAUCCAUGCCCCCAUCCUGGCACCAGUUCUGCUGGGUGCCCUUUUUGGUCCUUAGUCUCUGUGGCCAGUGGUUGCUGCCACACAUACUAACUCCUUGCAGGCAGGCAAGCAGGCAUGCGACAGCAGCCCCAAGAGAUUUCCAGGCUGAGUUUCUUCUCCCCACACACCGUCCUUAUUAAAGUGGGGUGCUCCCCACUUUAUGCAAUUUCACUUAUAUGUGUGGGGACCCAGCAUGUAAUCCUUGUGUACGUGUGUGUUUGGGGGUGUGUGUAAAGCCUGUAUUCUGGAGAUGACUUAUCAAUUUUAUUUAUUAAUUUAUUUCAUACCCCACAAAAUGUACUUCCCCGCCUUUUUUAUAAAAAUGACCAGAGUGACUAAGAACAGUACAGUCCUGAAUAAAAGAAAUAGGAACAAGAUGGCCAUUGUACAAUAAGAUAACAUAAGAGCAGAUUAAGAACGGCAGCAAAUCAAAACACAAUUAUUUUACAAAUACAGAUUAAGACACAAAGGCUUGUGUCCAGUACUGUGUGCACGGAGUCCCACUUGUGAAACAGGUUGUUGCUCUCCUCUCCAUGUGUGCCAUCCACACCUGCUCUGUAGGGGUUAUCCAACCUUUGGAGCAGAUUCUGAGGUUGCAGGGAGAGGGGUGUGGUGUGGUGUGUUGUACAGGCAGAAGUUUGCAGUGCUAAUGGAACAGUAGCGUUGGAUACAACCCAAAGCAGUAGAGAGAACUAAGCAAAAUCAGCCCAGUUUGCCAGAUACCUGCUAAAAUAGAAAGAAUAUAGGGCAAAAAUGUUAAGCAAAUGUUGUUGAAAGAAUUUUUUUGAAGGGCUGCUGGGAUAUAUGGUGUGCGUGCGUGCCAUAUAUAUAUAUGUGUGUGUGUAAUUCUUUAGACUGCAUAUAUAUAUUUGGAGAUAUGAGGAAAACACAAAGGUCACAAGGCUGUGGUAGAAAAAUGGUCUUUUUACACCACUGGGCAGCAAGCUGUUAAUCUGCAGCUGCUUGGUACACAGAUCAGAUUAUGUUCCCCCAACUAUCCAUUUUUUCUCUUUCAGAAGCUUUCUGGUGGUGGUGGGGAGGCAGAAAGAGCUUGAAAAGGGUGUAGAAAUGCAUGAACUAAUCCAUGAUAUUUGUUCUCUUCCAGAUGAGCUUCCUGUGGGGUUAUUGUUAAUGCUAUUUGAUUGUACAACAAUUGCCUGGAAUCAGACGUUAAAAUAUUACUUAUUUGAAAUUACUACUUCCUUUUAUUGAGUCCUGGAGUAUGUGUUGUGAAGCUGGACCUAAUAAAGGGGAACUGGUUUGAACUGAGUGUUCUUUGUAGCCUGUGUUAUUAUAUACUAGAAAAGAAAAUCUUAUUUCCCAUAAUGAAAGUGAAUAAACAUGGGGUACAGAACU